CCCACUGCGAAGUCUCCCGAUUUUAUCAUUUUUAAAAUUGCCUCCAACUAGUCCCAUCAACCCGAAAACUAUGAUUCAAACGGGUCAUGCCGUUGCCGUCGCCUUCGCGUUGAAUAUCGCAGCUGGUGCCGCCACGAUUCUGGGUGGAAUGGUCAUCUUCAGCAAGCGCCUCGUGUACCUAGCCAACCCACUGAGCUUGGCCGUAGCUCUCAGUGUCUCGUCCGGUGUGAUGAUGUUCAUCUCGUUGGUCGAGAUCUUCAGUGAGUCGGUGAACCUGCUGAAGGAAGGUCUUUAUACCGAAGACAUGACGGAGGAGACGGCUACGGGUCAUGGCUGGCUUGCGGCCACGGCGUGUUUCGCAGUCGGUAUCGCUCUCAUCUACAUCAUCGACGUCGUAGUGCACAAGUUGUCACCCGAACACGAGAUCACUGAGAUCGAGAACCUGGGAGACGUCCGCGAGUCAAUGGACCAAUUCGAGAGCGAAAAGAAGAGCGCCAAAACCUCGACGCCAUGCCUUGAAGCGCAAGUUCAGACGCCCGAGCCUACGGGUUACUACAUCAAGAUGGACGAGCAGGCCAAGAAGGCUCUCCAGCGCAUGGGUGUGCUCAGUGCUCUUGCCAUCGGUAUCCACAACCUGCCCGAGGGAAUCGCCACCUACGUCGGUGCAAUCCAGAACUCCUCGGUUGGAUUCUCACUUGCUGUUGGUAUCGGUCUCCACAACAUUCCUGAAGGUAUCGCAGUUGCAGCACCUAUCUACUUUGCCACCGGUUCUCGCUGGCGUGGAAUCAUGUGGUGUGCGAUCUCUGCUGUAGCCGAGCCCAUUGGUGGACUCAUCGCGUGGCUGGCGAUCGGUGACGGCAUGGACCCGGUCUCGGAGGGAGUCCUGUUUGGAAUCGUGUGUGGCAUCAUGGUGUGCAUCUGUGUCAAGGAGUUGAUCCCCACGUCGUACAAGUUCGCGAAGGACAAGACGCAUAUUGUCGCUGUGGGCACGUUCGCAGGCAUGUUCAUUAUGGUGGCCAGCCUUACACUCUUCGGUUACGCUGGCGCAUAAGUGGAAAGCAUGAGAGACCCGAACUUGUAUAAGGGUGAACAUGUUUGCAUAACUGGAGGUCUGAUGCCUCGCAUGUGUAGGUUAUCUGGAUUGAUAGAUAACCUUCCGCUAGUUGGCAUUAUCAAACACGUUG